UAGUCUAUUUAUAAUUAAUAGGCCAUUUUCGCUCCAACCUUUUUUUGUUUUGUUUGGCUAUUACCAUUGAGACGGACAGUCGCAGGGACCGCAGCGAGAUAUCGAAAUCCAAAGAUCCAUCUGGAAUUGUUAUUAAUAACUUGUCUUUUUCUCAGAAGAAGUUGCAAAUUUCGAAUCCUGAUUUGGCGUUUUAGUUGAUGAAGUUGGGAAUCGGAAUGUAAAAAAAAAAAAAAAAAUGGUGUUCAAAUCGAAGAUAAAAUGGAUUGCUCUAUUCGUUCUCGUGUUGUCAUUCGCGUCUCUACUCAAACAUCUCUCGAUCGCAAGGUUUUCAACCGUCGAUUUGGUCCAGUACACCGCCAUGGCCGGAUUCCGCGACGAUUUCGCUUCCAUUCCAGGGAGACAGAAUUAUCGGAAUAAGAAACUAUGGGGCGUUGUGAAGCCAUUGCAGACCUUGCAGCCUUACGCCAACCCGAGAAACAGCUAUCCUGCUCCAAACAAACAGAGCAAUGGGUUCAUAUAUGCAAAAAUAUUUGGUGGGUUUGCAAACAUAAAAUCUUCGAUAUGUGAUCUUGUCACCAUAUCCAGGCUUUUAAAUGCUACUCUUGUCAUUCCAGAGAUUCAAGAGAGUACUCACUCGAAAGGCAUCAGCAACAAAUUCAAGAGUUUCUCAUAUCUGUAUGAUGAGGAGCAAUUUAUAGCAUCACUUACAAAUGACAUACUCAUUGUCAAGAGCUUGCCAGAGAAUUUAAAAGCAGCGAGAAAAAGGAAUGCAUUUCCCACGUUUAAGCCCAAAAGCUCAGCUUCACCAAACUUUUAUAUUAAAGAAGUCCUACCAACGUUAAAGAAAGCCAAGGUUAUUGGUUUGGUUAUUACGGAUGGCGGAUGUCUGCAGUCGAUCCUUCCAUCUAGCAUGUCUGAGUUUCAAAGGCUCAGAUGCAGGGUUGCUUUCCAUGCUCUUCAAUUCCGCCUAGAGAUUAGGGAGCUUGGGCAUCGUAUGGUAGAGAGGUUAAGAGCAUGGGGCCAACCUUUCCUAGCCUUUCAUCCUGGCUUGACGAGAGACACUUUGGCAUAUCAUGGUUGUGCUGAACUUUAUCAGGAUGUUCAUACAGAACUAAUACAAUAUCGAAGGGCACAGAUGAUUAAACGAGGGAUUGUUAAGGAAGACUUGAGCAUAGAUUCACGCUUGCGUAGAGAAAAUGGUUCUUGCCCAUUGAUGCCUGAAGAGGUUGGAAUCCUUCUUCGUGCAAUGGGUUAUCCUCCUAAAACUAUUAUUUAUCUAGCUGGUUCCGAAACUUUUGGAGGCCAACGUGUUCUAAUCCCUCUACGUGCCAUGUUUGCUAACUUAGUGGAUCACACGUCUUUGUGCAGCAAAUCAGAGUUGUCUGAUUUGCUUGGACCUGAAACCCCUCUUCCUCUUGAUCUUUUUCAAUCACCUCCAGCCAAAAGUGAGGAACAACUAAAAGAAUGGAAAAAAGCUGGUCCCCGGCCGCGGCCUCUUCCUCCCCCUCCAGAUAGACCGAUCUAUAGACAUGAAAAAGAAGGUUGGUAUGGUUGGAUUACCGAGACUGAAACUGAACCUGAUCCUUCACCUCUGGAUCUAAGGAUGCAAGUGCACCGACUACUUUGGGAUGCUCUUGAUUAUAUUGUAUCGGUGGAGGCAGAUGCCUUCUUUCCUGGUUUUCAUAAUGAUGGUAGUGGAUGGCCAGAUUUUUCUAGCUUGGUCAUGGGACACAGGCUCUAUGAGAUUGCUUCAUCUCGAACAUAUAGGCCAGACAGGAAAGUUCUUGCAGAACUUUUGAACAUGACCCGUGAAAAUAUGUACCAUCCGAAGCAGAAUUGGACACUUCUAGUGCAGGAACAUCUCAACAAAAGCUUGGGAGAGGAAGGCCUUAUAAGGCAAUCCCUCUUGUCGAAAUCAGCAUCAUUUAUUUCACACCCACUUCCCGAAUGUUCUUGUAGAUUAUCAUCAUUGGAGACUCCAACUCGUGUCAGAGGUGGUAAUGACCAAGUUUUAUAUGGAGGUGAAGAAGAGUGCCCGAAAUGGAUGCAGCACGACCAAGAUAUCAAUAUUUCGGAGUCACUUGCAGAAGAAGAGGGAAAAAAUGAGGACAUUGACUUGCUAGAAUAUGAAAGUAAUCUGGUUGAAGAACAUGAAUCAAAUAACAGUGGCAACACUAAUGCAUCUCUAAUCUUUGAGCAGGAUGAAGAAAUGGAUCCAAACGACUAACAUCUAGGGUGUGAUCUCGUGCCAUUCUUUUGCUGUAUAUGCCGGUUUCCAGCAAUUUCAUCUGGAAUGAAAAGUUUUGGCAUCUGAAGGUAUUAUAACAAGGUCUAUAUGGUUUAUACAUGGUUUCUAACACUGUUUUGAGCUUUUUCUAUAUCCAUUCUUUGAAUAGAUUGUAGAUGUUCCCCUCCGGCGAUAGACGGAAAUAUUUGUUUAUUCUUGUAUACCAGACUUUUGAAACAUGAGGAUGGGGGAAACAGUUGGAAAUUGAUCAGAAUCUAUGCAACUUCACCUUUAUUUACAUCAAAGCUUUGUUAAUCAUGGGGAAAAUGGUCUGUAGGUGCAAGUUCAAAUACACAACAAAUGAGAAU